CGGCGCGGCGCGGGCGAACUGAAGGCCUCGCGCCUGCGCUGGAGUGUGGUGGCGCGGGUUUGCCGCGGCGGCGGUCGGUAAUAACGUCAGGGUGCAAAAUUUUUGCAAAAUUUAGUUCCGUUCAAUUGAAGCCGGCAGUGAAAAGUUGUGUGCCAAAAUGGGUGAAGAAAUCAAAAGCGUCGAAUCUAUCCUGGAGAGCAGACUGGAAGGAAAUGAGCUCUCUGAAGUAAAGCGAAUUCUGUUUGGAAAGGAGACAAGUGCGCUGGACCUGCCGAAGGAGGCCCGGGACGCCGCCGCUGGUGCCUCGUUUGAGCUGGCCGGGUACAAGUUCACCGCCGAUGCCGAGGAGACGCGUCCGCCCAGGGUGGUGCGUGUGGGCCUGAUCCAGAACCAGAUCGUGCUGCCAACCACGGCGCCGGUGACGGCCCAGCGUGAGGCGCUCUGGGCGCGCGUCGCCCAGAUGGUGAAGGCGGCGGCGCAGUGCGGCGUCAACGUCGUCUGCUUCCAGGAGGCCUGGACGAUGCCGUUCGCCUUCUGCACGCGCGAGAAGCGGCCGUGGUGCGAGUUCGCCGAGAGCGCCGAGGACGGUCCCACCACCAGGUUCCUGCUGGACCUGGCGACGCAGUACAACAUGGUGAUCGUGUCGCCGAUCCUGGAGCGCGAGACCGCGCGCGGCGACGUGCUCUGGAACACGGCCGUCAUCAUCUCCAACCGCGGCCACGUCAUCGGCAAGACGCGCAAGAACCACAUCCCGCGCGUCGGCGACUUCAACGAGUCCACCUACUACAUGGAGGGCACGUUGGGCCACCCCGUGUUCGAGACCGAGUUCGGCCGGAUCGCCGUCAACAUCUGCUACGGCCGCCACAUGCCGCAGAACUGGAUGGCGUUCGGUCUGAACGGCGCCGAGAUCGUCUUCAACCCGUCGGCGACGGUGGGCGCGCUCAGCGAGCCCAUGUGGGGCGUGGAGGCGCGCUGCGCCGCCAUCGCCAACUCGUACUUCACGUGCGCAAUCAACCGCGUCGGCACGGAGCGCUUCCCGAACGAGUUUACGUCGGCGGACGGGCGGCCGGCGCACCGCGACUUCGGCCACUUCUACGGGUCGAGCUACGUGGCGGCGCCGGACGCGAGCCGUUCGCCGGGGCUGUCGCGCGUCGCCGACGGCCUGCUGGUGGCCGAGCUCGACCUGAACCUGUGCCGCCAGGUGCGCGAUCGCUGGUGUCUGCGCAUGAACCAGCGGCUGGGCCUGUACGCCGAGACGCUGGCGGCGGCGGCGCGCCCCGACUUCCGGCCGCAGGUGGUGCCGGACCGCGCCGACUGAGCGGCCGGCGGCGGCGGCUCGGCUGCCGCGGACGGACGGACGGGCCUGCUGGCCGGAUGACUGACUGACCGACGAACGGCGUGACGUGUGGACGGAGCUGGACCGGCUGGGACGGAGACGGACCGACCUCUGACUGACUGAUCACCGACCGCAGCGGUGUGGGAGGGCAGGGCCAGGGGACCCGCUGGGUCUACGGAGAGGGGGCCGGGACAGACAGACCAGUCACCGACCGUUCGCAACCUGCCGAUCGGUGCGCCAAGAGACGAUUUCAUCACUCGGUCGCUGCGCCGUUAAGCCGGCUGACGAACGUGACGUCACCACAACACUUCCGACUGGCUGGUCGGCCAUAUCAGACAGCGAAUCGGGCGACGGGUCAGAGUAUCGACUGGACGGCGUGACCUGCAGCUGAGCGACCUGCCGGCUGCGUGGUACCGCUCUGCGCUGGUAGGGGGGGGGGGGGGAGACAAGGACGUGCUGCGGGCUGGGAGCCGCUGCGAAGGACGGUUCGGCUGCCCGAACGCCGUGACGGAUGUGCCGGGUGCAGCUGCUGGGUGGCAGCAGCAGGUGACGGCGAGCCGGACUGGUCCGGACGGCCGGCAGCGGGGACGACUGACCGCCCGUCACCUGGCUGGCCGAGGUCACCGGCGGCACGCCGCGGAUGCUGGACAUGUGCGACGCCGCGGCUGACUUCUGGCGGGAAUCCACACUGCCGGGGCGGGGGGCCUUCGAACUAUCAAACGGUGACAACAACGGGACCACUAACGGCGAGUGAUGUAAGAAUCCGUCUUGUUCGCUACUUCAGGGUAACGUGUGUCAAAGUACCUGACCCGACAUUCCCGCCGGCACCUGCGGAAUGUGGAGUCCGUAUGCGUCGGCAUCCACCUCCGGCCAGUACAGGUGCGCAGUGCCACAAAAGGAUACCUCAGGUCCUCGGAGGUCGUCUCCGGCUUCGGACUGGGCUCGUCUUCCGUCUGUGACAGGCGUCUUCGUGUGGAGUCCUGUGCUCAUGUUCGAUGUGGCGUGCCGGGCGCGGUGCCUAUCAAUGGGCUGGCGGCACUCGUACAACGGGGUAAUCUCGCCGCGUAUUCAUGAGCGGGGGCCUGUGUUGUCGCCGCUGGCUGUGGGCAGUUAGUGGGUGGGGUGCAUGGCGGGAUUAAUGGCUAUCCUGCACGUGCUGCUGCGGUGCGCGGGGAUGUCCCGUGGCCGGCUGUGGCACGGGCGCUAGCGUAACAGGACUAGUUUGGGGCGUUUGCCAAUCGCGCUGUCCAGCGAACACGAAUCUCCGUCAGUGGUGAUGUACGACGUUUAUGUAGUCUUGCCGGGAUCUGAAGCUAGUAUUCGGCUGUGUUUGGGCACUCAGUUAACCUGUGUAGUAUGUUAGAUUGCGAGAGAUGUAUAUCUACGGUAUAUUCUUGUACGCGGUUUGUUUACUCAGAUAAGUAUUUACACUUCGAAGGCGUUUUGGGGCCAUGUUCUGGUGUAAACCUGUGAUGGGUGUUAGCGCUGCUCACAUUCGGCGCAUUACGAUGUGCUUUUGCUCGUUGUAAUGCUGUCAAGCGCGCUUACUAAUACUCACCAGAACCAACUGAGGCUUUGUUUCUGUCCGCCGCAGUGCGGUAACGAGUACCUUCUCGCCCUGCUGCGGACGCGCGCGUGUGACCAAUACACUGACGCGCCAG